CCCCGUGUGCUACUACAACAAACUGGAAUGUUUCCCAGACUUUACGUAGUGUUUCUGUGGUCACAUCUCAUUGUGAGUUCUCCCGACAAGCUGGGUAACACGUGUAUUGUGUGUGGGGUCGUGUCAGGUGAUCAAGGAAGCCUUAUCAGUGUUGGCACUCGGAGCAACAGUGGCACCAUGUCCAGAUCAGCGGCUCUUGUCAAGAGCGAGUCGGCAGGCGCAGAGGAGAUGUUGUCACUCCUGCGUCAGAGUUUGAAGUCAUGCAAGACACCAGGAGAAACCAACUUCGAAGCUUCCACCCCACACAUCUUCGUGGUGAUGGGAGCCUCCGGUGACCUGGCCAAGAAGAAGAUCUACCCGACGCUGUGGUGGCUCUACCGUGAUCGUUUAUUGCCAGAAAAUACCUUCUUUGUCGGGUAUGCUCGGUCCGCCCUGACGGUGGCGCAGGUGAAGGAGAAGUGUAAACCCUUCAUGAAGGUGGGGGAGUCGGAGCAGGAGCGAUAUGAACAGUUCUGGAAAGUGAAUAGCUACGUGAAGGGGUCGUAUGACACCCGCAGAGACUUUGAGCUGCUGGAUCAGGAGAUGAACAAGGUAGCCACGCCCAGGGCCAACAGGAUCUUCUACUUGGCUCUUCCUCCGUCAGUGUUCGACAUUGUUACAACCAACCUGAAGGGUUGUUGUAUGGCUACUCAGGGCUGGACCCGCGUCAUCAUCGAGAAGCCCUUCGGUAAGGACUCGGAUUCUUCUGCCAAACUGUCCAAUCACCUGGCGGGGUUGUUUAAGGAGGAGGAGAUCUACCGCAUUGACCACUACCUGGGCAAGGAGAUGGUCCAGAACCUCAUGACGCUCAGAUUCGGCAACCGGAUCUUCGGACCAACAUGGAACCGAGACAACAUCGCCUCGGUCUUCAUCUCAUUCAAGGAGCCGUUCGGGACACAGGGUCGAGGGGGUUACUUCGACGACUUCGGCAUGAUCCGCGACGUGAUGCAGAACCACCUGAUGCAGAUCCUGUGUCUGGUGGCCAUGGAGAAGCCUUGUUCCACCUCCGCCGACGACAUCAGGGACGAGAAGGUGAAGGUACUCAAAUCGAUGAAGAUGUUGACCCUGGAUGACGUGGUGUUGGGUCAAUACGUAGGUGACCCCGACGGUGAAGGUGAAGCUCGUGAAGGUUACCUGGAUGACCCUACUGUACCUGCCGGCUCCGUGACGCCCACCUACGCCCUCGCCGUCACCCGCAUCAACAACGAGAGAUGGGACGGGGUGCCCUUUAUCCUGCGCUGUGGAAAGGCGUUGAAUGAACGUAAGGCUGAGGUGAGGAUUCAGUACCGUGACGUAGCCGGGGACAUCUUCCAUGGCCAGAGCAAGAGGAAUGAGCUGGUCAUCCGUGUCCAGCCAGGAGAAGCUAUUUAUUCUAAGGUGAUGACCAAGACCCCAGGCAUGUCAUUUGGGUUGGAAGAGACAGAGCUGGACCUGACUUAUGGAGCCCGCUACAAAGGUGCCAAGCUGCCAGAUGCCUAUGAGAGGCUCAUCCUGGAUGUGUUCUGUGGAUCACAAAUGCACUUUGUCAGGAGUGAUGAACUGGCAGAAGCUUGGCGAAUCUUCACACCUUUGUUGCACAAGAUUGAACAGGAGAAACCUAAGCCCAUCUCUUACAAGUAUGGCUCCAGAGGACCCGUGGAGGCAGACAAGAUGCUCGCUGAAAAUAACUUCAUGUACUACGGCUCAUACAAGUGGACCAAGCCAAGUCAGCUGUAAACUGUCCUCUACAGUUCAUAGAUUAACAUACCUGUAAUUAUAACAGAGGUAAUAAUAAUAAGUAUUUAUUCCAAGAAUCAGCUGCAUGUAAAUUGGAUCUCAGAUUACAGUUCAUUGUAGACUGUAAUUAAGUUAAAAAUUUCAAGUGAUAAUACAGCCACAUGGGCCUAAGGAGAGAAUCAAUAUACAACAAAAAAUACACCUUUGUAUAUUUUAAUACUGUUUAUUAUCUGUAUAUUACAGUAGGACUGUAUCAUUAAAAAGAGAUACAGUAAUUAUUUACUAUUACCUGUUGAAGGUACUUUUCUGGACAGGUGCCAUUUUAAAGGAUUUAACUCUAUACCCAAGUCAAAAUGAUUUUUUUCUGUACUAUGUCAGUAAAGUAGUAAUUUCUUUUAUUUAAGUUCAGUAAGGAUUGUAUUUACAUUUUUAUUACUGUACGUGUUAAAAUGUCGGGUGAACAUUUAUGUAAGUAGCACUGAGAAUUUUAUGUUACUAAUGACUCUAUUUCUAAAGGUGAGAACAGAGAUUAAUAUACAAUAUGUACACCUUGAAACAAAGUGUACAGUAUAACAUAUAGGGCAAGAACUCCCUUUGUUUACCUCAACUCCACAGUAAUGUUAAGGGUCUUCUCAGCUGUUGGGUUGUCACUAUUGGGCUACAGGGAACUUGUGUCAUCAGUUUUGAUCUUUGGAAACUUCAGUGUGAACUUUUGUUUGUAAUAUAUUGUCGUAAUUAUAGAAAUGAUUCCAUUUAGAGACACAAGGUAAUACAGUAUGUGUUUUAGGAUUGUUCAAGAACCUGAACAAUAAAGUUCAUAAUAAAGACUAGACCAACUGCCAGAACAGCUGAUAAGUGGUACAAUUAUUAACUUCUAGUGCUGAAUAAAUAAUAUUUUUUAGAUGUAACUCAUAUUUAGAAACUAAGGCCCAGUGUAUUGGUGCUUUAUAUAACCUCAGCUGUUGAAGCCCUUUAAGCUAAAACAAAAUAACCAACAACAAUCAUAGCAGGGAAGCUGCGCUCAGAGCUGUGUUGAUCAAAAUAUUUCAUCUUAAUGAUGAGUUUUGGCCAUUUAGUGAUAGGGAUACACUUCAAGUUUGGUACAUUUAUUUCUUCAACAGUGAUUAAACAACGUUUCCUCUGUUGUUUAGAUACAUUUAAUUAUUAUUUUAUCAAGAUGAAAAAUAUUCCUCUAUGAUAUUUGUAGCAUAAAAGGACAAGUUAAUGAACACAAUACAGUACCUGUACAGUACAGUAUUAUGUUCUUAACAGAAGUACAGUACAAUAUUGUCACAUGUUUUAUAAUGAUUAAGUAGGUCAUAUAUCAUUAACCCAUUUGCUGCAGAAUUUGUGUCUGUGGACACAAAAUAAUUUUCCUUGUCUGCAACAACCACAAAAAAUAAAUAAAUAAAUAAACAGCUCACACUGUCCCACAACUAGUCUCAGGCCACAAUUUGCCUGUGGGUACCUAGGAGGUGCUGCCAUCUGUCACUGUUUCACCUGUGGUAUAUUUUUCUCCUCUCCCAUUCCAGCUUGUUCAACAUUAUGAGUGGGAAGCAGAUGAGGGCAGCACCACAAGUACAGUAUCUGCUGUUUUCUGGGUUUUAUUUACCCAAGCUGAAUAUAUUUGACAAGAAUAUUUACAUUAAAUUUUUCUCCAACUUAUUGGUUACAUUCCCCAUAUUAAACAAGUCAUUAAAAAGUUCCUAUGAACAUUUACAUUUUUUGAUGGAGAAAUAACUCUUUUUGAGAAACAUUUUGAAAUCUCAUGAUGCAGUGAAAUGGUUAAGCAACACCUUAAUGAUCCCGGCUUUGUAUCCUCGAUCCCUGAAUUUGAUUGGCAGGUACUGCCAUCACCCAUGCCAUUCAUCUGCAGUCUGUCUGUAUUUUAGUUUAUGCUUGUGUUUCAGAGUUAUUAAGCAUUCACACACUUGAUGCUCAUAACAAUAAUGAUAAUUACUGUACUUUGAUUAUUGUAACGUGUACAGUGUCUUGUGGACAAUAGAGUGUAAGUUUCUCACUUAACAAGAUGUGAACUCUUAGGGUGAACACAACUAAGUUAACACAUGACCAUCAGUUAACAAAAUUUUUUAGAUUGGUUCUCACCAGCCAGUGUGCACAGAAACAGUGUACAACCAUUUCUCGAUAAAAGUUCUCAUCUUUGGUUAAAUUGUAUGCUGGAAGAUUAAAUGCCAAUAAUGUUUGGUAGUUUGCACAUUAUUUUUAGGUUGCAGUAAAAUAAUGGAAAUAUUUUAAUCAUCUAUAUUAUAUAUCUAAGGACUGCAUUUUUAUUUUAUGUUGUAAAUAUGCUUUUUAUUCAGUUUGAGGUAACAUGGCUUACAGCUUAUACAGUAAUGUAAAAGUCACAUUAGUAUAACCUUUAUAGUGAUUAAGUUAGAGCUUUCAAAUGCAGACAAUGAACACCUGAGGGUUUUUAUAUGAUGUACAGUAUUGUGUUGUUACAUACUGUACAAAUGUUUUGUGUGAUGUGUCUAAAACUAGUGGUUAUGUAACUGAAGGAUUUGGUCUCCACAAAUAUGCAACAUAAUGCCUUAUUCCAGAAGUGUCUAUUAUUGAGGAUUGUAGCUGUUAUGAAUUUUAUGUUCUCAGGUACAUACUGAAAUGAUAUAGAACGAUGAUGUAUUGCUCUAUAAUUUGUUCUUGUCUGAUGUAAUUGAGUAUAUCAGCUUUGCCACAUGUCAAAUAUACUAUCUGUUAGUACUACAAUGUUUUUCAUGUUGAUACAAGUGGAGCUCUUAAUAUUGACUGUUAUAACUCACUCUGAUUAAUUUUCACUGUAAUACAGAUCCUUCACAAUUGUAACCACAUCAAAAAUAGGAAUACAAGAUCAAAAUAAUCGUCACAAAAACACAGCACCUCAAAUCUUCCAUUAUAUACAGUUGUUUGUGUCAUUUUAUACACGUACAGUGCUGGUAGAAUGUAGCUUAUUUUAGUACUGUGAAAAAUGUGAAAAGCACACAUUCCUUUGGAGAGGCUUUGCUUCAAACAUCAACAUCUGAUAUAUUUUGUUUGAGCAAGUUUUAUGUGUGAAUAGUGUUGAAGGCUAUAGUGUAAACCUAUAUGCUGUCUGUACAUCUUUGGAAUCUUUCAGAUCUGCAGCAAUAAUUCUACAGCUAGUUAAUUAAGUAUCUUAGAUCAAGGUGGGUCAGGUUGUUAAUGAUAGACAGGUGCAUGAUGGGUAUAAAAUAUGCAAAGUAACUCGAGGGAAAAGAAAUAGCCUCAAAGGAACUUAAUUGCUCUCUGGUGGGCUGUAUAAACAUCUCAACUGACUGUUCAGCUUUGGACAGGGUGAGGCUUCAUAGGUAAGAUACAAAGACCUCAUUAGUGCCCUCCUGAUGUGGGAUCUGUCAGGGAUUUUAUGAUAAAAGUAAAAGUAAAUGACACAAAUUGUGCUGAUUAAUAUUUUUUCAGUUGGUGUAAUGUAUGUGUUUAGAGCGUUGGUUUUUUGAAAGGGUGAUCAUAACACGUGCUGCUGAUUCAUGCUGCGAUCUGAAUAGACUCCUUAAAUUCCUAUCCAUUCCAUAUUUGAGUUUUUUAUGCAUUCUGUGUGACUGUAAAGUUAGAAAUUUUUUCUAAAAUCUCUUCCAGAUGUAAGAUCUUUAUGCAUUAUGUGUGUGUGGAAGGAUUAUCAAAAACUACCCUGAGUAAUAUGUGAUAUUGCAAUUCAGCAUUCCACUAAUGCAAAAUUUAUUUUUUAUAUUUUUUGGUAUAACACAUUUUAUAUUUUGGAAACAUACUGUUUAUAGUUGUGUGAGGUAGAUUGGUUGUAGGAGAAGCUUCAGCAAAGAGGAUGUACUUUUUUAGAGUUUAGAGUCUGGGUAAAGUGUAUUAAUUAUGUGUUGGUAUGUAACAGUAGUAAUGUGACCUAGUACAGUACAGUAUAAACAAAUGCUGCUGCUCCUACUAUGGAUGUUACUGGAAGUGAAUAUCAAUCAUGAACUAUAAUGUCGUAUAUAUAUGGAAUUUUCUUCUUUUUAUUUUAAUACUGUAUUUCUAUUGCAAUAUUAAUACUAUUUUUAUUUUUGUAUUAUUAUUAUUAUUUAUGGAAAUUUUCAUGAUUUUAUUAAAAUAUCUCAAGAAAGUUUGAUAAA